CCCAGGGCUUAAGCUUCUGGUUGCAACCGUACUGGUUUUGACCUUCUUUUGCUGGAGAGAGCCUGAGAAGACAGGAAUGUGGCACUUUUUCAUUCUGUGCCUCUGUGUACGCAUGGCCUCUGUGACUACAGACUCCACGGUAACUUUGCUGGAGCAGAAGCCUAGGUGGGGUCUGGUACGUCGUGGUCAAGCUGUGACCCUGCGCUGUAUCUUGAAGAAUUCUCAGUACCCCUGGAUGAGCUGGUACCAGCAGGAUCUCCAACAGCAACUACAGUGGCUGUUCAGUCUGCGGAGUUCUGGGGACAAAGAGGCCAAAUCUCUCCCCGGUGCUGAUUACCUGGCCACACGAGUCACUGAUACAGAGCUGAGGCUCCAAGUGGCCAACAUGACCCAGGGCAGAACCUUGUUUUGCACCUGCAGUAUAGACACAGUGGCGUUCUACCUCCCCUCUCACUGUCUGUCUCCAAUAAAGGAAGUCUUAGAGCUUAUGGAAGCACAGACAGGUGACAACCACACCUGUGGAAUUCAGACAUCCCCACAGCAGUGUGCCCUGCUGAAGUUUUCAUCACCGAAACUGAGAAACAUUUGUGCAUGCUUGAAGUGGCAUGCAUUGCUAAUGCCCAUGGGAGACCUGCCCCUUUCUGAGCAGAUCGGAGGAGGGGCAGAUUUGUGGGGAGAGGCAGGGUUGAGAGUGGGAGGAGAGGAUGGAGGGGAGGUUGCAGUCAGGAUGAAGAUAAUAAAUUUAAAAAACGAGUUGUGUGGAUAUGGGACCUAA